AUGAACUUGGCCCUGUGUCUGGGCCUGCUUCUGGCCAGUCUCCUCACUGUGAAGGGUUUUCUGCAGCCCAACCUCUCCAAACUGAACUAUGGAUAUGCAAACCAGGCCCAGGGGUGGCGGGGCAAGAGGAUAGCUCAGGAGCUGGCUCGACGCAACCUGAGUUUUGGCUUCAAGCUGCUCAAAAAGCUGGCCUCUGACAACCCGGGCAAGAACAUCUUCUUCUCCCCGCUGAGUAUCUCCACCGCCUUUUCUAUGCUGUGUCUGGGGGCCCAGGACGCCACCCUGGCCGAGAUCAAGGAGGGCUUUAACUUCCGGGAGGUGCCCGAGCGGGACCUGCACGAGGGCUUCCGUUACCUCCUGAGCAGGUUGAACCAGGAGAAGCGGGACAUCAAGCUGCGGGUGGGGAACUCCCUGUUCAUCGACCGGAGGCUUCAACCACAGAAGAAGUUCCUCCGAGACACCAAGAAUCUGUAUGAGGCAGAAACCAUCCCCACCAACUUCCAGAACUCUGCAUCUGCUCGGAAGCAGAUCAACGAGUACGUCAGUCAGAGGACCCAGGGCAGGGUCUCCAACCUGGUCCAGAGCAUAGACCCUGGCACCGUCAUGCUUCUCACCAAUUACAUUUUCUUUCGAGCCAGGUGGCAACAUGAGUUUGACCCAAAAGUGACCAGAGAGGAAGACUUUGCAGUGAGCAAGAACAAGUCUGUGCGGGUCCCCAUGAUGCUGCACGGGGGCAUGUAUGACACCUGCCGGGAUGAGCAGCUCUCCAGCACCGUCCUGGAGAUGCCCUAUGAGGGGAACAUCACGGCUGCAUUCAUCCUCCCAGACGAGGGCAAGCUGAAGCACCUGGAGAAUGGCUUGCAUGUGGACAUUUUUGCCAGAUGGAAGAAGCUCAUGACACACAGGGUUGUAGAUGUGUCUGUCCCCAAACUCCGGAUCAGUGGCACCUAUGACCUGAAGAAGACCCUGUCCCGCCUGGGCAUCAGCAAGAUCUUCGAAGAGCAUGGCGACCUCGCCAGGAUCGUCCCCCACCACAGCCUCAAAGUGGGUCAGGCGGUGCACAAGGCUGAGUUGCAAAUGGAUGAGAAGGGCACGGAAGGGGCGGCAGGCUCUGGCGCCCAGACACUGCCCAUGGAGACGCCACUCAACAUCAAGAUGAACCAGCCCUUUCUGCUGAUGAUCUACGAGAAGGUCACCCCAUCCAUGAUCUUCUUGGCAAGGGUUGCUGAUCCUAGCAAGUAA